AUGGGGCCUCUUGGCAGGCUGAGCUGUAGCCCACGGGAGCCUGCCCCUGAGAGGGGGGAGCCUGCCCCUGAGAGGGACGAGCCCGAGUUUAGAGGCCCUUUAAAGGAGUUUCUCUGGCUGGUGGAGGUGAGGAAGACAGAUUCGAAGCAUGACAAGGAUUCAGGGCCAAGGAGACUGUCCACUGAUGACUUUGGAGGUGGAGGGGCCACAAGGAUCCUGCACAACUACCUGGUGUGGCGCGUAGUGGUGGUCCUGAGUGAGCACCUGUCACCACCGUUCCGAGAGGCGCUGCACGAGCUGGCACGGGAGAUGGAGGGCAGUGACAAGCCACAGGAGCUGGCCCGUGUCUGCCUGGGCCAGGCCAACCGGCACUUUGGCAUGGCACUUGGAGCUCUCUUUGUACAUGAGCACUUCUCAGCUGCCAGCAAGGCCAAGGUGCAGCAGCUUGUGGAAGACAUCAAGUACAUCUUGGGCCGGCGCCUGGAGGAGUUGGACUGGAUGGAUGCUGAGACCAAGGCAGCUGCUCGGGCCAAGCUCCAGUACAUGAUGGUGAUGGUAGGCUACCCCGACUUCCUGCUCAAACCCGAGGCUGUGGACAAGGAGUACGAGUUUGAGGUCCACGAGAAGACCUACUUCAAGAACAUCUUGAACAGCAUCCGCUUCAGCAUCCAGCUCUCAGUCAAGAAGAUCCGGCAGGAGGUGGACAAAUCCACGUGGCUGCUCCCACCACAGGCCCUCAAUGCCUACUAUCUACCCAACAAGAACCAGAUGGUGUUCCCGGCAGGUAUUCUGCAGCCCACGCUCUAUGACCCUGACUUUCCACAGUCUUUGAACUACGGGGGCAUCGGCACCAUCAUUGGACAUGAGCUGACCCACGGCUAUGACGACUGGGGGGGCCAGUAUGAUCGCUCAGGCAACCUGCUGCACUGGUGGACGGAGGCCUCCUACAGCCGCUUCUUGCGCAAGGCGGAGUGCAUCGUGCACCUGUAUGACAACUUCACCGUCUACAACCAGCGCGUGAAUGGGAAGCACACACUUGGUGAGAACAUCGCGGACAUGGGCGGCCUCAAGCUGGCCUAUUAUGCCUAUCAGAAGUGGGUGCGGGAGCACGGCCCGGAGCACCCGCUGCACCGGCUCAAGUACACGCACAACCAGCUCUUCUUCAUUGCCUUUGCCCAGAACUGGUGCAUCAAGCGGCGGUCACAGUCCAUCUACCUGCAGGUGCUGACCGACAAGCACGCACCUGAGCACUACAGGGUGCUGGGCAGCGUGUCCCAGUUCGAGGAGUUUGGCCGGGCCUUCCAUUGCCCCAAGGACUCACCCAUGAACCCUGCCCACAAGUGCUCUGUGUGGUGA